CAUACUUCCACCUAAGCAAAGAGGGCGUCGGCUCUGCGCAGGCCGGGUGACGGUGCGUCUGAGUGGGGUGUCCCGGCUGAUGUCCCCGCUGGCCUGCUGCCUUACAUGGGCAAACCUCGGCUUGGAAUUUCACCGAGUGACGUCACUGCCCACAAAACUCUCCCAUAAUUGAGGAUCAAGAAGUUUGGGCUGUUUUUUUUCCUGGCUAUUCUGACCCUCUUCCUAUCUUUUUGAUUUCCUCGAAAGUUCGAAAAAAAAAAGGUGCUCUAUUGUGUCAUCGUUGCCAUCGCCUUGUGUUAAAAGUUUUGAAGCAUGUGGAACGCAGGCAACAGUGGCGACGGUGGUCAGGUGACCGGUAGGAUGGAGACCACGCCGUCGCCGGGCAGCGCCAGCAUCUCCGUGUCGCAGCAACAGGCGCCCAAAAAGUUUGCCCCAGUGGUGGCGCCCAAGCCCAAGUUCAACCCCUACAAGCAUGCUACCGACCCAGAUCCCGCAGCUGACUACCCUCCUCCUCCUCCGCCGCCUGCCGCCGAUUCGAUCCACUCGCCGCCAUCGUCGGCCGCUUCCUUCCCGCCGCCUCCGCCCGCCAACUCGUACGACUAUCAGACGAGAGGACCCGAAAAGACUCUGGAGGAGCGACGCUCCAGCUUGGACGCCGAAAUCGACUCUCUCACCAGCAUCCUGGCUGACUUGGAGAGCAGUUCGCCAUACAGGACGCGAAACACUCAGACCCUUGGCCCUUCUUCGGUGUCCACCCCCAGUGCUCCGGUGACGGGUUACAAGCGCAUGGUCAUCCCCAAUCAGCCGCCGCUGACCGCCACCAAGAAGUCCACGCCCAAAGCCCAGGGCCCGGGCGGGGGUUCGUCCACACUGCCGGCGAAGCUCCAGCCCGUGGCGGCGUCCUACGCCACCGCCUCCACUCCCAGCCAACCCACCUUCAACGUCCAAGUGCGGGCAGCCCAGCCCAGCCCCCAGCACCCCACCGCCGGUGGGCAGCACUUUGGAGGGGGGCCGCAGCCAGCGCGCAGCCCCACCCAGGUGCAGUACAUGCCGGCCCAGACCAAAGGGCCCGACUUCGCCUUCGGGCCGCCCCAGCCGGGGUUCUCCCCGGUUGGUCCGGGCGUGUAUCAGGAGCAGCAGGCCUACAGGAAAACCGAGCCUCAACCCUAUCAGGCGGCGGUCCCCAAGAAGACCUACAUUACUGACGUGCCGCAGAGCCUGGACCUCUCCGCUUCUGGACCGGUCAUUCCACCGAAGACCGGCGGCGCAGGAGGCGUCGGACCCCCCGCCGCCCACCCCGAGGACGAGCUGGAGCGCCUGACCAAAAAGAUGCUCUUUGACAUGGACCACCCUCCAUCUGAUGAAUACUUUGGGCGCUGCUCCAGCUGCGGUGAGAACGUGGUGGGCGAGGGCACCGGCUGCACGGCCAUGGACCAGGUCUUCCACGUGGACUGCUUUGUGUGCAUGACCUGCAACGGCAAGCUGCGCGGCAAACCCUUCUACGCCGUCGACAAAAAGGCCUACUGUGAGCCCUGCUAUGUGAACACACUGGAGACGUGCAGCAUGUGCAGCAAGCCCAUCAUGGAGCGCAUCUUGAGGGCCACGGGCAAGGCCUACCACCCUCACUGCUUCACCUGCGUGGUCUGCAAGCGCAGCCUGGACGGCGUGCCCUUCACUGUCGACGCCUCCAACCACAUCCACUGCAUACACGACUUCCACAAGAAGUUUGCGCCCCGCUGCUGCGUGUGUUCUGAACCCAUCAUGCCCGCUCCCGGUCAGGAGGAGACGGUUCGCAUCGUGGCUCUGGACAGAGAUUUCCACGUCCACUGUUACCGCUGUGAGGACUGCGGCUCUCUGCUGUCUGAGGGUGACAACCAGGGCUGUUACCCUCUGGAUGGACACGUCCUGUGCAAGAACUGUAACACGGGACGCAUCCAAGCGCUCUCUGCCAAGGCCACCACUGACCUCUGAACGGGCAACCAAUAUUUUUUCCGGCUCUUUACGUGGUCGCCUAGCUCUUCUUCCUUCCUUCGACUUGCUAGCAUACAUGCUUUUCCUCGCGCGCUUGGAUAAAUACAAUUAGAAUCGCUGUAUAAUACAGUUAGCCUAGCUUAGCAUAAAGAUGGCUAACUGCUAAAUAAAUUAAAAUUGACAAUGACUAUAUGUGAACAUAGAUUAUUAGAAACUGAAAUUACAAAUUGACCCAAAACGUAUUUAAGGGCAGUAACAUCAAUUUUGAUUCCCAACAACACGCUUGCAGAUUUUUAGCAUUUGUCACCAUUAUACCAACGCUAUCAUUAGCCACAGCAUAAAAACAACAAACUGCCAUAGUCUUUGGCUCCAAAGUUUACGACAAACCAAGAUCAUGAUGAAAUCUACAAUUAGCCAGCAGAUUCUUAACAUUUCCCACGUUUCGUGAUGAGCGAGGCUAAUCAGCGUUGUCGCCUACCUUAGGAGCAUUUUCAAAGCUACAGAUAUCAUAUUUUAGCAUAUAGGUUGCUAACUUGGAUAACGUUAGAUUAUGACUGUGUGACCAAACAUGCCACAUUUAUGCUAAACUAGGCUAAUCAGCAAAAAGGCAUCAACAUUUUUGCCAUUUGUGACCAUUCCAACAUAUUCUUUAUCAUUUUUACUGAUCAAAAUCAUGCUAAGAUUCGACUAACAAAGCCUCGCGUUUUAGCCUUUGUACCUCUUCAUGAACUAUCAUUCCUCCUAUGCAGAAAAAAAUAUGCAACUUUCUCUUUGUUUACGUGUUAUCAGAAACUUUGCCACUUACUUGGCUAAUGUCAGUCGCAUGGACACUUUAUCAAAAUUUUUAUGGGUUAAGGAUUUUUUUUUUCUUUACGUGUACAGAGCAUACCAUCCUCAUUGCUAACUUUCUAACACCAUCGGUACACCACCGCCUAACGCUACAACCAGUAUUUCACUCGACUUAUCGUUUCGCGCCUUUCUACUAAGCAAAGCUAAUAAGCAGACGAUUCAUUCUUUCGUCAUGAUAGAAGGUACAAGUAGCCUAACUUAGCAUGAAGGCAGCUUACUGAGAGUGUUAUAGUUUGAUUCAAAAAGUGUAAGUCACACUUGCAGAUUGAUGUCACCAUUAUGCUAAGCUAGGCUAUUUGGCAACUAGCUGCAGACAUUUCAAGCAUACAACAAGCUAACAGAAUGCAUUUUGAGCAUGUUUGAAGCUGCAGUUAGUGUAGAUUAGCAUAAAGACAGCUAACUCAAGGAGCAUUGUAGUUUGACGACCAAGUGUACGACACUCUCCAUUCUUACCGUUUCUCGCCACUGUGCUCAGCAAGGCAUGCCCAAGACUUGCAGUGGACAUUUUCUUAGAUCAUUAUAGAUGCUAAAGUUAUCCUAGCAGGAAAAAAAAACAUGUAUCUAAGAGAGAAUUGUAGUUUUGGGGAUUUUUUUUUUUUUUUUAAUUUCCAAGUGUACGACACGCUCCCAGAUUUUCAUCAUUUCCUGCCAUUUAUGCUAAGCUAGUCCAAACAUAUGACGGUAGCACUAAAUGGUUCGCACAUAAUGAACGACGUAAAGCGAUCAUUUUUAAAAACGUGAAUGUUUUUUAACGCCGUUGUGUUGUGAGCUCGCUUUCUUUUUGUUUGGAAAAAAAAAGUGCCUUUGCCCCUUUGUGACCAAAGUAAACAAACAAGAUGGCUUGCUGACACGCAACCACACUGUGGUGUUUGAUUUUGAUUGCUUUUUUUCCCCUUCCAUAAUAAUAAAAAAAUGCAACAGCAUCUA